AGAAGAUCGAAAAGGGUUUUCUUGAUGAUGCUGAGCCGCUCCUGUGCUGCAGCACUCUGUUUCUUGCCAAUGGCUGCCGUAGAGGGGUUCUGCUAGCAGCAGCUGCGAGCUGUCUGGCCUGUGUGGUGCCAACAGCUCAGGAGCAGAAAUUUCCUCCCCUGCUGUUGCGAUGGAGGCGCUUGGGGUUCGCGCGAGCUUCAGCAGGUGCGACGGAGCAGGCUUCACAGUGACCACUUGCACUAGACCAAAUGCCAGGUUCCAAACGGCGUCUUACCCUCUUCCGGGAAGGUUAGGCCUGGGAGAGGCGCUCCCAGUUGCAAGCAGGAAGGCAUUCUUGGGCAGGUCGGGACUGUCUCAGGGGAGGUUUCCUUCCUGGAAGAAUUCGCGUGGCGGUGUCCGGGCCGAGUCAGACUUGCCCCACAACAACGGCAUCUCCCAACCCAUCACAGUCCCUGCAAGCAGCACCCCUCCCAAAUCCAAAAAAAGCGCCGACAAACGCGCCGAAGCAAACGUGCGUCACGCCGGAAGCGAGGGCUCCGAGUCCCGCCAAAAUCUCCGCUCCGAGGAACCGUCGAGCUCGGACGAUGAAUCCGGCAUGCCUGCGAGCGUGCACUUGGCAUCACGAGCGGCAGCGGUAGCUUUUGCGGAGGCCGCGGCACGUAAUGCCGCGGCAGGGGGGGAGCAUGUUGCCGACGAGAUGCCGGUGGACGACGAUUUCUUACCGGGGAACACGACAUUGGGGGCGCACGAGGGGGACUUUGCGGUGCGGCUGGCGAAUGCGAGCGUUGCGGGGCUGACGGUGAUUACCGUGCAUGGAGUGGACCAGGAGAAUUUGCUGGCGGACGUGUCGAGCACGUUGAGCUCAGCGGGGCUACGUGUGGAGAGUGCCCGGGCCGACAUGGAAGAGGACUCCAACCUGAUCCUCGACAUUUUUGUGGUGCGCGAUCUGGAGACGCAGAAGGAGCUUUCCCAGGAGCGCUUUUCCGAGAUCCAGGACCGCAUCCUCACAAAGCUGGCGGUGCGGCGCAACCGCAUGAAGCCUGUGUUGGGGGACGACCCCCGCCUCUGGGAACAGGUCAACUUCCUGAUUGCGACACUGGACAAGGUGGUCGUCAAGCACGCGGGCACGGAGGUGCACGAGGCGGUGCAGUAUCUGAUCCGCGGCUUCGACGGGCUGCGCGAGAAGGAGGACAUCCGCAAGCGCGCAGAGCUGCUGCGCUACAUCACGAACAUGGACUGCCCUACGGUGACGGCCGUCGUGCGCGUUCUCUACAUCUACUCCUCGCUCCUCAACGUCGCCGACGAGGCCCACAAGCACCGCCUGCGCCGCGAGGAGAUCUGGCUGUCCCGCGGGGCGACCCCCACGUGGGAGGGCUCCUUCGAGGGCACGCUCCGUGAAUUCCGGAACGCCGACAUCGGCCCCAAAGAGCUGCAGCUGCUGUUGAACCGCCUGGAGUACAGCCCGGUGUUUACGGCGCAUCCGACGGAGGCGCGGCGGCGCGAGAUCCUGACGACGCUCCACCGGAUCUUCUACAUGUGCGAGAGGCGGGAGGACAACCGGCUGAGCCCCGCGCAGAAGAGCAAGGUGGAGCAGGAAAUUGAGGCCGAGGUCUACGUGCUGUGGCGCACAGACGAGAUGCGGCAGCAGAAGCCGACGGUGCUGGAAGAGAUCCAGGCGGGGCUGGACUACUUCCGCUACUCGCUCUUCGAAGCAGUCUGCACCACGUACCGGUAUGCAGAGAACAGCCUGGAGCACGUCUACCCAAAGGCUGGCGUGACGCUGCCUAGCUUCAUCAAGUUCGGCUCCUGGAUCGGAGGCGACCGGGAUGGCAACCCGUUUGUUCUGCCCAAGACCACCGAAACCGCGGCGCUCCUCCAGAGCCGGCUGGUGCUCGCGGAGUACAUCCGGCGUGCGCGCGCGUGCCAGGACAUGCUGACGCACUCCGUCCUCAUCUGCAAAGUCAACCAGGAGCUGCUGGACAGCAUCGCAGAGGACAAGAAACUGAUGGCCCGGAUCCCCGCGCUGAACAAGGAUAUUGAAUUAUAUGCGCAAGAGCCGUACCGGCUGAAGCUGCGCAUGAUCCGGCACCGCUUGGAGCAGAACCUGCGGAUCAUAAACAAGCGGCUCAAGGCCAUUGGACUGGAGGAUGAGAUGCUGAUUGACAUCGAGUACAACUUGGACGAGAUCCCCGGCGUCGACCCCCGCGACGACUGCUACUCCGACGAGGCCGCCUUCAUUUCGGACCUCCGCCUCAUUGACGCGUCCCUGCGCGACCGGGGGGAUGCCAGGCUGGCGGACGCCAAACUCAAAGACCUGGUCCGCAUGGCGGAGACCUUCGGCUUCUACCUCAUGACGUUGGAUGUCCGGCAAGAGUCGGAUGUGCACACGGACGCCGUGUCCGAAGUGGUGGGCGAGUCGGUCCUCGGCUUGUGCGCCAACUACAAGGACCUCAACGUCGCGGAGCGCAUCGAGCUGCUGUCAGAAGCCAUUGCGUCGCCGCCACCCGUCGAGCGUAUUGAGGAGAUCUUGGCCAAGCUGAGCGAGAGCACUCGCCAGGUGGUGGAAGUGUUCAUCGCGAUCGCUAACAUCAUCGAGGCCAUCAGCCCAGGGGCGGUCUCGUCCUACGUCAUCUCCAUGACGCGCAAUGCCAGCCACGUCCUCGAGGUUAUGUUCUUGGCGUGGCUGUCGUGCCGCAACAUCGUGGGGCGCACUGCCGAGGGCAAGUGGUACUCCCAGAUUACCGUAGCACCGCUCUUUGAGACUAUCCCGGAUCUAGAGGUUAUGCCGCAGGCGCUAACCCAGAUCCUGACCAACGACACGUACAAGAGUCUGCUGGCUGCGUCUGGGAACAUUCAGGAGGUCAUGCUCGGCUACUCGGACUCGUGCAAAGACGGCGGCAUCACCGCCAGUGCCUUCAACCUCUACAAAGCCCAGCAGCUGCUGCGGCAGAUCAGCAGCGAUGCGGGGGUCCAGUGCCGGAUCUUCCACGGCCGGGGGGGUACGGUUGGCAGGGGCGGCGGCCCCACGCACGAGAGCAUUUUGUCGCAACCCCCUGGAAGCGUCCAGGGGACCAUUAAAUUCACGGAGCAGGGGGAGGUCAUAACUUAUCGGUAUGGGAACAGCGAGACGGCGACGUAUGAGCUGACGGUGGGUAUUACGGGUCUGAUGAAAGCGAGCCAUCCGGCGACUAGGUCGAUUCCAGACGACAAUCCCAAGUACAUCGACAUCAUGAACGAGCUUGCCAAGGAGGGCGAGCGGGCGUACCGAGAGCUGACGGACGCCACCGAGGGCUUCUACGACUAUUUUUAUGAGGGCACGAUCGUGAACGAGAUCGGGAUGAUGAACAUGGGCAGCCGCCCCGCGCGGCGCAAGGUCGCAGUCCGCGACAAAACGUCCCUCCGCGCGAUCCCGUGGGUGUUCGGCUGGGCGCAGUCGCGGCACACGCUCCCGGCGUGGUAUGGCGUCGGCAGCGGGAUUGCGGCGUACACGCAGGGGGAUCCCUCGAAGAUGGCGGAGCUGCAGGAGAUGUACCAGAACUGGCCUUUCUUCCGGACGUUCCUGAGCAACGUCCGGAUGAGCCUGCAGAAGGCGUCCAUGGAGAUCGCGCGCGAGUACGCCAGGCUCGUGUCGGACCGCAUCACGGAGAAGCUAGUGUUUGGUUUGGUGGAAAAAGAGUUCCAGCAGACGAUCGCCCAGAUUUUGGCGGUCUCCCAAAUAACCCGGCUGCUGGAAGACAACCGCACGCUGGAGAUGUCCAUCGACGCCCGGCGGCGGUACCUGGAUCCGCUCAACCACAUACAGGUGAUCUUGCUUGGCCGCCGCCGCGACUCGUCCUUGUCUGAGGAAGAACGCCAGAUGUGGGUCGGGCCCCUUCUUCGGUCCAUCAAAGCCAUCUCUAGCAACAUGCGGAACACUGGUUAGGAAAGUCUGAUAAGUUGGUUGGUUGGGUUUCGAUUUGGGGCAAGCCCCCACCCAUUGUUGCAACGUUCCUCAAAUUUGGUUUUAUAGAAACUUUCAAUGCGAGGUGGGGUAUCUGAAAGACCCCCGGCCUGAUUAUUGCAAUUGGUAGAUUGUUGUGGUCUUCUUAGGAGCUGUGAACCACAGUCUCCGCAUUCUACCCGCUCAUUUGAGGGUUGUGAAUAUUUGUGGGCAGUUAGCGAGCGGAAGCCUCAAGCUUCAGUCAGGAUUGACUUGGACCGUUGUACAUCUGGCUUCUGAGCCGUACUGCAUUCGCGCUAGCAAAGAAAUCGUGUAGGUUUGAUAAGCUAGAUUGAUAGUGCAGGCCUUUGCUACCUAGGUGGAGCCAUUUGCCAUUUCCUACUUGCUCUUGCACUUUGCGUUGUGGUGGCCGCAUUCCAUCCUACGUCC